AUGCUCUGGUACGGACGGGGCGAACGCGGGAAGGUGCGGAUCUACGAAAGACGACGCAAAACAAGAACGAAACUACAAGGGAUAUUCCUAAAGGAGCUGGAGAAAGAGAAGAUCCGACUGCUGGUGUUCAAGAAAGAGAACCAGAUCGAUGACAUCACGGAACAAGUCAGGGUCUGGUUUAGAGAAUGGUACUACGGAUACGGAUUCUUCCCGGAGUUCCCUUAUGACGUAGAAGGGGGCACCAUGAUGGUCAUCAGAGGCGACUACCCGACCAUCCAGGAGAAGAAGGAUGAAGAUGAGAAGUACUUAGCUGCUACCAAGGGGAAGACGAAAGAAAUGCUAAAACAAGAGAAGCAGCAGGCGAAAGCAGACGCUCUGAUGAGAGCCGAGAUGGCGAAAGAAGCGGCGAAGAAGGAAGCAGAACAGCUGUUGAAGUUGCGAUGUAAUCCCAUGUCUGAUCCUGGAUAUGAAGUCAAGACAUCAGAGCUGAAAGGGAGCUUGCUUGAGGCCUUCCAAAACUACCGCGCGGCCUGGUCCAUCUACGACAGGUUUCCACCAGAGACGUGUGCUGACGUGGUCUACGGGUACAUCCACGGGCUGCUGACGGAAGAACUGAUGUGUCAGUUACAUAAGGACGCCAGGAAAUACGUGGAUGAGCUCAUGAGGAUAGACCUAAAGCUGCUGAUCAAGGCGCAGCAAAUAAUGUACAAAGAGGUGGGCUGGAAGUUUCCUAAGAUGAGGACCAGGCCUAAGCCUAAGAAGCCUUCGGUGCCCAAGCCCUUGGUCGUGGAUAACGCACUGCUGAAAGAGUUUGAGGAGGUGUUCGACCUAGGCAUCAUCAGCAAGCCAACAGCCAAGAUGAAGGAUGUGUACGGUGACACCAACUAUGCUGCCUACGACCUCAAUAUACGGGACCCCAAUGCAACAUUCCCCCCACCAGGAUACGGGGAUAUAAAGAACCGCGUCACCCUCUCCUGCAUCUACGGGAUCGGGAUGGACCCUGGCGCGACCAGGAACAAAGCCGUCAUGCUGAUGGGACCCCCCAGGAAUGGGAAGAGCUUCCUGGUUGAUGUGGUGGCUGGAGAAUUGAAUGCUGUGAAGAUCGACAUCACUCCAGAGGUGUUCAGCGCUGUCCUGGAGAAGCCAGCCAAGGUCCUGACCCAAGUCUUUCAAGUUGCGAAGGUGUUCCAGCCUGCUGUCAUUUACAUGAGGAAUGUGGAAAGAGUUUUCGCUAAAAAGGUGCCACCAGAAGAUAAAUACCUGAAUGCAAAAGUAUAUAAAGCAGCUUUGACGAAGUUGCUAAAGACCAUGCUGAUCGAAGAUAAAAUCAUUUUUAUAGCAACAUGUUCCGACCCGUUCUCGGCACAGCCUAAGCCGUUGGUUUCCCUGUUUGACGAGGUGAUCUUGGUGCCUAGAACUGACUAUGGAACUGUCCAGAGAUUCUUCUAUGAGAAACUACAAAGCAUCAGAAGCAUGCCUCGCGACUACUGCGUGCAGGCUUUGGCGCAGCUGAUGCAAGGGUACGGAUUCGGGAUCAUCACGGAGCUGUAUGAUAAGAUCAUGAACCCCCUGAGGAUUGUCAGGUUGCAUAUAACUCCGUUAUCUCCAGAAGAAUUCUUGGAGCCGUUGAUUGAAGAGGGAAUCGAACCUGUCACUGUGGAGGAUUACCAAGAAUACGUUGACUUCUUCAUAACUAACUCUUACUUGAAGAGAGAGAGGGAAGAGUACGACUUCAUCAACAGAUACAGGGAAGUGGUUUACAAGAAAAUGGCGAAAGAAAAGAAGAAAUAA